AUGUCCUACUACGACAUCGAUGCUAUCUUGACCGACGCCCAAAAGCUCCCAUGCACCUUCGAACUGGAGGUGCCUGGCCUUGGGUUCCUCGAAGGAAACCCCGGUGAAAAUAUCAAGACAGGAACACAAGUCGAUUUGCCAUUAUGGCUCGGAGAAAUGCUUUCCAUUGGGGCUCGAUUGGGCACGUCUCGACUCGUGACACUUGAUCUCCCAUCCGCUCUCUCCGAGCGAGUGCUGAACGCCCUCAAAGCAAACCCGCGCACAGUCGACCUCCGGGCUCUUGCGCCGCAUUUCUAUAGUCUGGGAAUAAGAGUCUUGGAACUCUUCGAAGAAGAAGAAAUGGCGGACAUUCUCAGCGAUACAUUUCGAAAGCGAGCGGCAGAAAUCGCAGAUCACGCUCACAACUCGCGCGGCGCCUUAGGCGAAGGAGUGGAGUUUCUAAGAGGGCUAGACGAGACUGAACGACAAUUGUUUCGCAUAGCCCACGACAGCGCCAAAGAGGUUCGCAUCUGGGCAGGGGAAGCCAGGAAGUCGAAGUAG